GCAGAAGAAUGGGAGAUGACUGCAGGGGUUGUCAGAAAUGGGAGGAACAUAUCUAUUGGUCUCGUUUUCAAGCAGUUCAGUUCUUUCAGAUUCUCUCCGGAUGUUACAAUGAGCAGCUUGCUGUUCCUCAGAAGUUUGUUAACAAUCUGAGAGAGAAGCUAGCAGGUUGUGUUGCACUUAAAGGUCCGAGUGGUGCUAUAUGGAAUGUCGGGUUGACAGCUUGUGGAGAGAAGCUGUACUUUCAACGCGGAUGGAAAGAAUUUGUGGAAGAACAUUCCCUCCAAGAAAAUGAUUUGUUGAUAUUUAAAUACAAUGGAGGUUCGCAGUUUGAUGUUGUAAUGUUCGAUCAACAGAGCUAUUGUGAAAAGGAAGCUUCGUAUUUUAUCAGAAAAUGUGGGCACCAAGAGCUUCCUAGUCGAGGAAAGGCUAAUGGAAACCCCACUCCAGUGACUCCACUGACUCCCGAGACAAACAGUGAAUCCUCAGUUGAAGUAAUUAGAGCCACCACUAAACGGAAGAAACCUAGAGAGGCACAAACAUCUGUCAAACAGGGUACUCGAGGAAAGAGGGGAGCUAGGAAGGGAUCUAUGAGUAGAAUCAGAAGUGCUGAAAUCCAGCUGAAAUCGAACAGAAGGCCAGUGACUGAAGAGGAGAAAGCCAACGCUAUACAAAUGGCAUCUGCAGUAGCUUCGUGUUAUGGAUUCGUGGUGAUCAUGGCACCGGGCAAUGUGUAUAAGGGAUUCUUUUUGAGUAUCCCUACUGAUUGGGCGGGGAAAUAUCUUCCUACAACCGAGAAAAACUUUGACUUGACUCUGCGUGUCAAAGAGAAUGCGUGGACAACCAGAUGUUACCACAGAAAAAUUUCGGGCAGUGGCUAUCGCAAAUUUGUGCUUGAAAAUAACCUUGAAGAGUUCGAUGUGUGUGUGUUCAGGCUGGCUAGUCGAAGUGAUGAUAUUGUCUUUGAUGUCAGUAUCUUUCGGGUUGUGGAGGAGGUCGUUCCACCAUCUCGAGUUACCCAAGCCGUACCUUCAAGGUGUUAUAAACGGAGAAAGUGAUUUUAUCAUAUCUUCAAUGGGUAAAUACCCAAAGCACUGCAUCUCCAGAUAUGCAGACUAGAACAACAAAUCAUGUAAAUAUUUGGUAUUUUGCAGUCUGUCUCCAAGUUAGAGCCUGGAAAACAGUUCUCAACUUUUGUGUACAAGUUGUAUGUCUUCUUGUUGCAUACUUUUUAUGGGAUUGUCUUUAAAUGUUUGGUUGUCUCACAUUUGUGUCUGUCUGUUUGUCUCA